AUGUCUUUCCUUUUGGGAGGUAUUCGCUUCCAGGAACAGAUUUAUAACAGCACAGUCACUCAGAUGAGCGCAUGCCUUCUGAGUUUGAGUGUCACCAGUCUUCUCCUACCUACUGCAUUCCAUGCAUCUUGGUCGAACAGUGCAUCGGCCGACAGAAACACUUUGAAAGUUAGCCGUGGAACCAGUGUGGUGCUGCUCCUCAUCUACAUUCUCUACAUCAUUUUUCAACUCAAAUCCCACUCCUAUCUUUACGCGAGUAUCCCACAACAGAUCAUUGAUGAAGAAUCUCAUCCUGGUAUCCUGGCGGAGUUUAUGAACAGCUCUUCCGAUUCAUCAAGCAGCUCGUCUGAUGAUUCCGAUGACACCACAACAUCAUGGACAACCGCAAAGCGCAUCAAGCGAGCCAUGAGACACCGCAGACGUCGAAAGUCCAGCACGAGCUCCAAUCAUACUGCCUCUGGCACUCUUAGCAAGAAGCAUUCCGGCGAUGCAUCCCGUCCAGUGAUGAAUGAGAAGAGCACCUCUACAGAGGGACCUACUUCCAACCAUUCAAUCGCCAUUGAUUUUGCAGACGAUGGUCACUACGAAGCAGAUGAUGAUAAGCGAAUCAACGAGCCUCGCUCGAUAGAUUUUGGUCCGCGAUCAAUUGGCGAGCAGGAAACAGCCAAGAAGGAUCGCAAAGCAAAGAAGCGGACAAGUAAAAAGCACAAAUCCCGCAAGGAAGACAAUGUCGACGCCUUGGACACGGAUGCAUCGAUUCAGCGACCGUCCCUGCCGUCUCAUCUGUCUGCACCUGGUACUGAUGGCAUCAACUCGCCUCAGCCGGCUGAUGUUGCUGCCGCCCUCCCGAAGAGAAAAUCUCCAUUUCGUCCAACGAUACCAUCUUUACUAUCCAAUACUGUCUUUUCAAACACUGCCGCUUCAAACAACCUUACCCAGUCAGCUCCUGGAAAUCCUGGUCUUCGGCGCACGCGGUCUCUUCCUUCGCACAUGUAUCGUCCUCCCCCAGUUGGAAACGCGGUCCAGUUUGCUAGAGGCGCUGCUCGUAUACCAACUACGGUUGAUGUCACAGCUAACAAUGCUCCUCCUGAGCACAAAGAAUCUGAGAUAUCACGCACGGUUGCCGUGGUUAUGUUACUGGUGUCGACUGCGCUUGUCGCAGUAUGUGCCGAGUUCCUAGUGGACGCCAUCCCAGAUAUGAUUGAAAGCUCAUCGGUCAGCGAGGCGUUUAUUGGUCUGAUCAUUCUGCCCAUUGUCGGUAAUGCUGCAGAACACGUUACCGCCGUCAGUGUGGCCACCAAGAACAAGAUGGAUUUGUCCAUUGGCGUGUCAGUGGGAAGCAGUAUUCAAAUUGCAAUUUUUGUCACACCCCUGGUGGUCAUUCUAGGCUGGUGCAUGGACAAGGACAUGUCUCUGUACUUUACCCUGUUCGAAACCAUCUGUUUGUUUGUGACUGCUUUUGUGGUCAACUUUCUGGUUCUGGAUGGUCGAAGCAAUUACCUUGAGGGCGCGCUGCUUAUUGCCGCCUAUGUCAUCAUCAGUGUUGCGGCCUUUUUCUAUCCUGGAACUGACCAGUCCGCCGAUAUUGCGAGCGCUGGAUCGAGUUAA